CAGCCUGAGCAGCGUCAGAUUGAGCUUCAGUUAGUCAGUUAGUCAGUUAGUCAGUUAGCUCGGAGCGUAGCAACCAGGAGAGUGACCGGACAGAUACAUGGCCAGCCUCGGUCCGUGAAUCGUUGUGAGGGCGUUUCUCCGCUAAGACGAUAGACAGACUAGGACGUGAAACAGUCGGCACAGUGGUGUUUUCUGUCGGAGGCUCACGGAGAAAGGACUGACACCGGAGCUAACGUUGGUUAGCUGGCUAACGUUAGCUUGCCAACGCAAUGGCCAACAGGUGUAUCCCAGAUGAUGUAAGGCAGCUCUGCCUGUAGAGACCAAGAUGACUGAAGUGCAGGCCACAGUGGAGUUCUCUGUGGAGCUCCACAAGUUCUACAACGUGGACCUGUUCCAACGAGGCUUCUAUCAGAUUCGUGCCACUCUGAAGGUGCCACCACGGGUCCCGCACAAAGUUGAGACCAGUCUUCUUCAACUGGGAGGCUCUGAUCUGGCCUUUCCUGCGUCAGUGCAAGAUGAUGUCAUCUGCAGCAAAACUUUCCAGAUCCUGUACAAGAAUGAAGAAGUUGUUGUCAAUGAUGUCCUCCUCUUCAAAGUGAUGAUGCUGCUGGAUGAGAAGAAGGUUGAAGAGUCGCUGAAUGACAUGGAUUUCCAGCUCUUCUUGGAUUUAUAUUUCACAGAUGGUGAUUACACGCCAGAUGACCCAAGCUCUCUACAGAAUAUCAGUGGCCGCACACUCCGUUUGCACUUUAGCCUUCAGCGAGGCAUCCAUCAACAUGUCAAUGUCAUGUUUGACUACUUCCACCUGUCUGUCAUUUCCGUAGCCAUCCAUGCCUCCCUAGUGGCUUUACAUCAGCCCCUCAUCAGUUUGCCUCGACCAGUGAAAACCACAUGGCUGAACCGCAAUGCUCCAGCACAGAGCAAAGACUCGGUCAUCCCCCCCCUGGAGAGUGUGGUAUUCGGUAGCAGUUACGUCAAGCAAGUAUCACCAGAUGGCAGGACAUUCCUGGUGUCUGACCACUGUCUGCAGCAUGCUUUCAGUCUACACCAUAGCCUUUGCUCUAAUCUCCUCCUAGCCUACCAGGGCCUGUUUGGCUACUUCACCUCUAUUACUAAGGACCUGCCCUCCUCCCAUCGUAUGGAACUAGCCAAGCCCAGCAUGCAAGUCCUAUAUGAGAGAGUACUCAGAAGACCCUAUCCCCGAAGUCAAAGGCACGUCUACAUAGAACAACUUGACUUAGAGGCCCGUCUAGCUGAAUUAUGUGAACAAGUCAAGCAUAAAGCAGAGUCUCCUGAUGAGUUGGCAGAACUGGUAAAUAUGAACCUGGCCCAGCUCUGCUCUCUGCUCAUGGCACUCUGGGGACAGUUCCUAGAGGUAGUGUCCCUGCAGGAGCAUGUCGCUGCCCUACUAGCUAUGGAGCACCAUACACUAAGAGUACGGCGGUUUGCUGAGGCUUUCUAUUGCCUUGAACAUCCAAGACAAUCUGCGCUGGCCUAUCAGGAACUACAUGCUCACAGUCAUCAGCAGAUGACGAAUGCUAUCAAAAGCUCCAGCUACUUCCUGUCUUUGCCACCACUUCCAGUGGAAUGUGCAGACCUGGAUGGUGAUGUCAGCUCCCUGCCGAUCAUCUUUGAGGAUAGAUACCUGGAUUCCAUCACUGAAGACCGUGAUGGACCCUGGCUGGGCAUGCACAACACAAGGACUGGCUCAGUGUCCAAUAAAAUGGACAAGCCCAACUCCAAGGACUGCAGUGCAGCAGCAAGCCCCUUGCCUGAGUCUCGAUGUGCCCCUAUGGAUAACACAUGGUCAGACAGCUAUGAUCCACCUCCUAAGUCCAAAGGCAAGUCAGUCAAACUGAAGAAAAAUUCAAAGACUGAGAACUCCAAGAAGCUGAUUAGACAGGGCUCCAAGGACUCUGUAGUUUUGGUGGGUUAUAAGAACCUCAAAGCACCUUAUGGUGACACCAGCACAAAGUACAAGGAAGGGGAAGGUCGCCUAAACCAAGAGGAGGAACGAGACACCAUGCAGGGGGGCUCAAGUAGUUAUUUAAGGACUAAUGCCAAUUCUGUUUUUGACUGUGGUGCCACAUCAGCACAUUCUGGAAACAGUGCUUGCGACUCUGUUGCAGAUGACAAUAUAAAUACUGCUGCUUGUCAAAAAGGUUUUUUCAAAACUCCUACAAACUUGGACUCAUCGAAUAAUCCUCAGGCAGGUACUGGGGAUAUUGCUACAUGCAACCAACCACUUCAAGAUAAACAAGUUGACCACAGCAGUCAAAAGCUGCCACAGUGGUCUGCUGGGCUGAUGCAAAUUGAGGUGAAACCAAUUAACAAGGACCCAUACCAAGGGGACAAAGUAACAGUUCUUCUACCAUGUCGGACUGAUGGACCUCUAAGCAGCAAUAUUCCAGAGAUCACCCAGACAGAUCUCUGCGACUCAAGACAGCCUGUGGUGGACUCUGUGUUUGAAAGGCCAAGUAAAGAGGCAGCGCAGCGCAGCCAGUCGUGUCUGGUCUCAGUACAGGUAAAGGGUGAUUGUAUCAGGCUCCCCGAUGGAGGAGCUCCCAGUGCCUCGUCUCGCCUCUCAGACUCGGGCAUUGAGAGUGAGCCCAGCUCCUUUGCCACUCAGCUUGUUCCAGGACUGCAGCCUUUUGCAGGGCUUGGCACCCUUGAAUCAGGAGUUGCUGCACCACAGCCUGAGAGGCCUCUCCUGAGUCCUGCACUACGGCCUGUUCAGCAAAGCACAGUGCAAAAGCCCAGUGGGGCAGCAGAGAUUCUUUACCCCGAAAAUACCAGUGUUGUCAGUGGAGUUCAAUCCUCUCUCACUUCCAUCAACUCCUUGCCUUCAGAUGAAGAAGGCGAAAGUUCCAGUGGAGUCGAAGUCCGCGGCAGGAAGUCCAGUGUCUUGGUGCAGGAGCAGAGUCUAAUCUUCUCUGGGGAUGUCACCAACAGACCUGCCAUCAAUGUGGCCUGCACACCUGAUGCUGCUGCGGGUUAUUCUCAACUCAUAAAAUUUGACUUGGAAGCAGACCCCAAAGAAAUAGGUUUAUCCGAACUUGGACAAGAGGGAGCAAGUGGUUCUGGGACCAUUAAAGAAUCCCGUAGUGAACCCCAUACUGCCUGCCCAUCCAGUAACUCUGCCACCAGUAGCACUGACCUGGUAAAACGUGGGAUGGUAGAGAACUAUUUUGGUUCAUGCUCUAGCACAGAUGCGUCCGAGAUCAGCCCUGUAGAAACAUCUGCUAUCACGCUGGGAAUUCAGACGGGACCGCAGGUUGAGGAGGACGAGGACGAGACGGAGCAUGAGAUGAUCGAGAAUGGUUACUACGAGGAAGGUGAUGGCUAUGCUUUUGUGAAUGGCGUUGCUGAUGAGGAGCAAAGUGCGGCUGGGGAUGCGGCGGCUCAAGAGACGAGUCUUCUGUUCGAACAACUUAGCAUCGGCUACCUCCAUGAAACAAAGGAUUUAUCAAAAGCUCCCAUCUGCUCUAGCCUAGUCUCCAGCAGUGUCGGGCAUAGCUUUGGAAGACCUCCCUGUCCUUCGGCCUCUUUUUCCUCCAGCCUGCAGUGGUAUGAAUGUGCACCCACACCACAGAUGAAAGCGUUCAUUAAGGCCAAGGAAGAAAUGAAACAACUAAGGCUGCCUGGCUUCUUGUACAGUGAGGUACCUGAGUUGGCAUCAACUGUGCCCUACUUCAGCUUGGAGGAAGAUGAAAGCUGUGAAGAAGGCAUUCAUCUCAUAGUCUGUGUCCACGGCCUAGAUGGUAACAGUGCAGAUCUGAGACUGGUGAAGACGUACCUGGAGCUUGGACUGCCUGGUGCUCGUAUAGACUUCCUGAUGUCUGAGAGGAACCAGAAUGACACGUUUGCUGACUUUGAGUCAAUGACAGACCGGUUGCUGGAUGAAAUAGUCCAGUACAUCCAGAUAUACAACCUCACAGUGUCGAAGAUAAGCUUUGUAGGGCAUUCCUUGGGGAACCUCAUAGUUCGCUCGGUGCUAACUAGGCCUAGAUUUAAAUGUUACCUGAGCAGGCUGCACACCUUCCUUUCUCUCUCUGGACCUCACCUGGGCACAUUGUACAACAGCUCUGCUCUGGUCAACACAGGCCUUUGGUUCAUGCAGAAGUGGAAAAAGUCAGGGUCACUCCUGCAGCUGACGUGCCGUGAUCACUCUGAUCCUCGGCAAACUUUCCUCUACAAGCUCAGCAAGAAAUCUGGUCUGCAAUAUUUCAAGAAUGUGGUGCUCGUCGGGUCACUGCAAGAUCGCUAUGUCCCCUAUCACUCUGCUCGAAUAGAAAUGUGCAAAACCGCAUUAAAGGACAAACAAACAGGUCCAGUGUAUGCUGAGAUGAUUGAGAACCUGCUGCUGCCAGUACUUCAGAACAAAGACUGUAAUCUAGUGCGAUAUGAUGUCAUUCAUGCCCUGCCCAACACAGCCAACUCCCUUAUCGGCCGGGCUGCCCACAUUGCCGUCCUUGAUUCUGAGAUCUUCCUGGAGAAGUUCUUCCUUGUUGCAGGCCUCAAGUUCUUUCAAUAGAGCUGUGGCAGAAUCAAGAACAUGGCUGGACAAGAGGAAUGUGGAGCUAAUACCUCACUGCAUCUAAAUCUUAUUAUGGUAUCUGGAUUAUCUCUUGGUUUUUAAAUCCCUACAUGUAUACUAAUUUUUCAAAGACAUACGAGCAAAUUCAACAUUUUUUUUUUCAUUAAAUGUUCCUGUUGGAAUCACGGUGGAUAUGGAGUUCACCAUUUUUAUUUUUCUACUGCCAUUUUUAAAGCAUUAUUUUGUUGGGGUUUUUUUGUGUUUGGGGAAUUGUUUCCCCAUCAUAUGCUAUAUUUUCAGUGUUAUUUAAGUCUUAUGAUUUUAUUUUUUAAUCGUUUUUCAAGUUAGUCAUUAAUUCAUUCUAGAUGCUGAACUGGAAAUGUAGCUGCUACAAAAAAAUAAAAUGGCUGUUUUGGUCAGCUGGCCCAAGUCAAGUCUGCACAUACUGUCCUCACCAUUGCUAAUGUUUUUCCACCAAUUUUAAGAGACACUGCAUUGAUUUGCACCACAACUACAUUUUACAAGCUUUUGUACUGAAAACUGUCAUUUGUACAAGUUACUUUUUUAUCAACAAUUUUCCAUCAUUUUUAAAGGCAAAGGAUGCAUUUGAAAUAGGAUUGUCGCUCAGACUUUGCAGCCUUGGCUUUGGUCUUAAUACUUUACGCUGUUCCUUGCCAUUGGAGCAUUCUGCACAACAUUAACCCAACCUGGUGUUGGGAGAAUAAAGCUUUGCCUACAACAUAACAUUUUAUUACAGGGGAUUUAAGCAAUGAUCAUGAUUCAGCAAAAGCACAUGUUGGUAAUAUGAACUUGUUUUAUUGAAAGUAUUUAAACUGGAAAGUGUUGGUUGGAAUCAAAAAAAUGUUUCUUGGAAAACUGUUUAUAUAUCAUCAUACUCUACCAUUAAAUAUGCAUAUUAUGAAGUUUA